GCGGCCAAUGGUUGGGGCCCCCCUCCCCUCCCCGAGGCGGGGCCGCGUCACGUGCCGGGAAGCCGGAGUCUGGGGCUCCGGACGCGGGGAGGCGCGGCCAUGGCAGCUCCGGAGCCGCUGUCCCCGGCGGGCGGCGCGGGCGAGGAGGCGCCAGAGGAGGACGAGGACGAAGCGGAGGCCGAGGACCCCGAGCGGCCGAAUGCUGGAGCGGGCGGCGGACGCAGUGGCGGCGGCGGCAGUAGCGGCAGCGGAGGCGGCGGCGGCGGGGCCGGGGCGGGGGGCUGCGGCGGGCCGGGGGGCGCGUUCACCAGGCGCGCGGUCACGCUGCGGGUGCUCCUCAAAGACGCGCUGCUGGAGCCCGGCGCCGGGGUGCUGUCCAUCUACUACCUGGGGAAGAAGUUCUUGGGCGACCUGCAGCCAGACGGAAGGAUCAUGUGGCAGGAGACCGGGCAGAUCUUCAACUCACCCAGCGCCUGGGCCACCCACUGCAAGAAGCUGGUGAACCCUGCCAAGAAGUCGGGCUGUGGCUGGGCCUCUGUCAAGUACAAAGGCCAGAAACUGGACAAGUACAAGGCCACCUGGCUCCGGCUGCACCAGCUGCACACGCCUGCUACUGCUGCUGAUGAGAGCCCGGCCAGUGAAGCGGAGGAGGAGGAGUUGCUGAUGGAAGAGGAGGAGGAGGACGUUCUGGCGGGGGUCUCAGCAGAGGACAAGAGUCGGAGACCACCGGGGAAGAACCCUUCAGAGCCUGCCCACCCGGAGGCCACAACCCCAGGGAAGCGGGUGGACAGCAAGAUCCGGGUCCCGGUCCGCUACUGCAUGCUGGGCAGCCGUGACUCGGCCAGGAACCCCCACACCCUGGUGGAAGUAACAUCCUUUGCAGCCAUCAACAAGUUCCAGCCGUUCAACGUGGCUGUUUCCAGCAACGUGCUGUUCCUGCUGGAUUUCCACAGCCACCUGACGCGGAGCGAGGUCGUGGGUUACCUGGGGGGCCGCUGGGACAUCAACAGCCAGAUGCUGACGGUGCUCAGAGCCUUCCCUUGUCGGAGCCGGCUCGGGGAUGCAGAGACUGCAGCUGCCAUCGAAGAGGAGAUCUACCAGAGCCUGUUCCUGCGGGGCCUGUCCCUGGUGGGCUGGUACCACAGCCAUCCGCACAGCCCGGCGCUGCCGUCUCUGCAAGACAUCGAUGCGCAGAUGGACUACCAGCUGCGGCUGCAGGGCUCCAGCAACGGCUUCCAGCCCUGCCUCGCCCUGCUCUGCUCCCCUUACUACUCUGGCAACCCAGGCCCCGAGUCCAAGAUCUCACCUUUCUGGGUGAUGCCUCCUCCUGAGCAAAGGCCCAGUGACUAUGGCAUCCCCAUGGACGUGGAGAUGGCCUACGUCCAGGACAGCUUCCUGACCAAUGACAUCCUUCACGAGAUGAUGCUGCUGGUGGAGUUCUACAAGGGUGCCCCUGACCUCGUGAGGCUCCAGGAACCCUGGAGCCAGGAGCACACCUACCUCGACAAGCUUAAGCUCUCCUUGGCCAGCAGGACGCCCAAGGACCAGAGCCUGUGCCACGUUCUGGAGCAGGUGUGCGGCAUCCUUAAGCAGGGGAGCUGAGCCUCCCAGGGCAGGGUGGGCUCCAGUUGUCUGGAGGGUCCGGAUGGGCUCAGGUAAUAAAGAAAUGGAAGCAGCAGCCAGCC